AUGGCCGCAACCGAUAAGACAACGCCCGGCAUCUCCACGAUUGAGGAUGUUUCGAGCAUUCCUCUCAAAGACAUGGAGGACAAAGACAAGAUUCAGACUGACGCCGAUGGCUUCGCUGGCGAUGUGGAGAAUCUACCGAAGGGGUACUAUCUCAGUUCCUUCUUCCUUGGUACAUGUUGCGCCGUGGGCUUUGGGGCUUGGGCUGGCAAUGCUGGUGAGUAUACUGGCUUUGCCUAUGCUGCACCUAUUCUGGGUACCAUCAAUGCGGACAUUGGACCAGAUCCCAAUAUCCAAUGGGUCGCACUUGUGCAUCCAGUUGGACUGUCCGUAGGUAUGACCAUCAUAGGAAGACUAAGCGACAUCUUCGGACGUCGUUAUUUCUUCAUCGUGGGGGCAUUCCUCGCUAUGAUCGGAACACUGAUCAGUGCUCUUGCUAUUAACGUCAACAUGUUGAUCGUUGGAUCCAUGAUCAAGGCACUCGCAGCUGCGACACAACUGUCCUGUUACUACACCAUCGGCGAGCUCAUCCCAUCUAAGUACCGAUAUCUCAUGAUUGGCGCAAUCAACGUCUGGAAUCUACCUGGGCAGGGUUUCGCCCCCGUCGUUGCGCAGAGUCUAGUUGCGACUCGAGUCGGUUGGCGAGCUGUAUACUUCUUACUCACUGCCGUCAACGGAGCGUCUUUGAUCUGCUACUGCGUCUUUUACCAUCCUCCCAACUUCCACCAGAAGCAUGGUCAGAGGGAGAAGAAGAUGGAUUUUGUUAAGAAGUUCGACUACGUUGGCACGUUGCUCUAUGCCGCUGGCCUUACUAUGUUCUUGCUUGGUCUCUCAUGGGGCGGCACGAAGUAUAGCUGGACGUCGGCUGAAGUGCUAUCUUUCAUUCUCAUCGGCUUCGGCUGUCUUGUUGCUUUUAUAUGCUGGGAACUCUUCAUGGAUCUUAAGGAGCCUUUGGUUCCUAUGAGUCUCUUUCGCCAUCGCCCGUGGGUCGUAUCGGCAAUACUCACGGGUAUUGGGGCUGGAGUGUACUACGCUGGCGCGAUCAUCUGGCCACAAAUUACGCAGAACUUCUACGCCAACGGCGACCUUAUGCAUGCCGCGUUCCUUUCCUCGUUAGCCAAUUUAGGCAUCCUGAUAGGCGGUUUCGUGGGAGGAUGCCUGGCUGGACCGAUCGGAUAUCAGAAUUGGCAGAUUACCGUGGCUAUGGCUAUAGGUGGCGGACUUCUUGCAUCUGUGUCAACAGCAGACCCAAGCAACCAAGCCCAAUCGUCUGCGUUAAUCUUCUUUUCCGCUAUGAUGAUGGGAUACGUCGCGGACAUCGCUCUCGGGAAUGCCAUUCUCACGAUAACCGAUCAACGAGAGAUUGGCGCUGCUGGCGGUGCUGCUGCAUCAGUACGCACCGCUGUCGCGGGUACAUGUCAAGCAGUCUACAACGUCGUCCUGGCGAACAGGCGCUCGACGACGGUACCUGCUGCGGUAGUACCCGCCGUGUUGGGCGCUGGCUUGCCUAAAGAUAGCACUGCUUCGAUCCUCUCAGCCUUGUCGUUGGGAACGCCUGCGGCAUGGUCCAUGGUAAACGGACUAACCCCUGAGAUUAGAGCAGUUGCGGUAUCGGCAUAUCAUUCGGGCCUGUCACAAGCUUUCAAGACGGUUUAUCUGGUGUCUUUAGCUUUUACUGGACUGGGCAUAUUGUUGUCGCUGCUUGCGCCGAACACGAGUAAACUGUUGACUGAAAAAGUCGCGGUUUCUCUUCAGACACGGAAGCCCAAAGAGGAUAACGCAGCAUAG